AUGAGGGGGUAUAUGGAUUGUUUUCUGGACCAGGCCAUAGGGGAUGUUCUGCAGGCCGAUUUGGUCUCGGAUAUCAACUUCAUCAUUGACCCUGAAGCAACCAAGAUUACGCUUACGGCUUACUUUCCGAACAUCACACUUGUGGCUAAUUCUGCUAAUGGGGUGAUACCGGAUCAGGCAUUUCUUGAUGAGCUGAUGGCGGUGAAUGAGAACCCUUUGAGUAGGUUGGUCAGGGCGAACCAGUCUACUUUUCUGCCGUUUUGGGAUGAGACUGCUGCAGCGGUGAUGGUUGAUCUGGAAGCGGUUGUUUUGGAUGAGGUGGAGGUUUAUGUCGAUGUCGACACAUCGUACCACUCGCCUUUUUACGGGUACAUUCGCCCCUAUCAGGCAGCGCUGAUGCCGCCUGGGUUGAGAAAGGUCAAGUAUAUCAAUGCGGUUAAUAAUACCAAGGUCGCCGAGAUGAUCAAGACUGUCGUUCAAUUUCCGCCAAAGAGCUGUGCUGAGCUUAAGGGAAGAGGGGUGGAUAGUCAGGAUCAAGGGGAGAAGCUCAGGUGAAGGAUAUCCAACGGUUAGAUCGUGGACAUGCCAA